AUGGGCCAGCCGAAGUCCGCUGCCAGCCGCAAGCCGAUCGACUUCCACCAUCUGACCGCCAGACUCAAGCUGCCCUUGGCGCCGGCCUUUCUGACGGCCCCGAAGUCCAAGACGAGUCUUCAGCUGAAGGAGGAAGACGCGGAUCACCUGGGAUCGGCGACGGGCGAUUCGGAUGAGGACGAGAAGAAGGCGGUCGUAGAGAGCGACAAGCUGGCGAAGGAGUACGGGAACAACGGCGUGCUUGAAGCGCUCAACCAAUCGAUAGCCUCGCUCUUGAUGAACUACAUCCCGUCCCUCGGAUCCGUCCUGGUCUCUUAUAUCCAGCCGCCGAUGUUCAUCGCGACUGACGAGCAGGGCGGAGAGGUUCGCCGGCCGUUGACCAAGACCAGUCGGGUACCCAUACUCACCAUUCCCGGAAACGCCUGGGGCGUCGUGGAUGUCGAGGUGAAGCUUAUGGGCUGGCGGCCGACGAUCGGCCAGAAACUCGUCGGCCGGCCCACCUUCUCCUCGCCCUCCCACCUCUCACUCGUCAUCUAUCGCACCUUCAACGCCUCCAUCAACGAAAAUCAUCUCAAAGCAGCCGGCUUCCAUUACGACAUCAACUUCGAAGUCCCUGCUAACUGGAAAUCGAUCGGCGAUCCUUCUAAUUCACAAUCUGUCCCCAUCGAUCUCUCUCAUGAACACAAAGAUCGCGGAUGCUGGCUCGAUGCAAACGGCGUCGUGGUCGGUGGCGCUGAGGCGACUGUAUCUUUCACAGUCAUGAGCUUGACGAUCGCCAACAAUAUGAUUUCGGUAAUUGGCUCAUUACUAGAUGAUCCAUUCUCGAUCGAAGCACCGAUCCGACCGAGCCAGCCGAGGGGACUCUCUUCGCGGAACCAGCUGAAAGUGCCGCCUUCGAUCCACUCCAGCGCGACGCCCCGCCCGCUCCUCUCCCAUGCACACCCUGCCCAACCCCCACCGCCACUCACCGCAACCAAUCUCAAAGCACUCGACUCCCUCCAGCCAGCUAUCCCUCCUACCCUAGACCCCCCAUCUACCUCCGUCGCCCCCCCUCAGAAACCUAAGAAAACUAAAAGGAAAUCGAGCAAACGUACCGCCGAUGCCCUCGAAGAGAAACUUAUUCUGGCCCCUAAUCCUUCCUCCACCCUUCCCAAUAAUAACUCACACCCUCCUGCCGCUUCUAUUCCUCCUAUUUCCACGACAACUAUUACUCCUUCCCGGAAGAAGAAAUUGAAAACCACUUAA